AUGUGCGACCAGACAGCUGCGGUGGGGGCCGCGGGGAGCACAGGGAUGCCUGCCCCGACCUUGCAUGGGCUGCAGGAAGAAUCACUUCCACCCCUGCCCAUCCACGUUCGGCCGUGGUGGUUUCCGGUGGAGGAACUGAGAAACCCCCUGGUGUUUUAUCUGGAGGCGUGGGUGGCUGAUAUUAUCUUUGGAGCCGACCGAACUCAUAUACCGCAAAUGCAGUGGCUCGGCCAGGUGCUCCUGACAGUGAACGUCUUGAAACAGCGGGAUUUAGUGGAAAUUGCCGUCUUCGGACGGCCAUGCCAACAAAGCCGGAUGAAGAGAGUGCUCCUGAGCCUGGCAUCGUGGCACAGGCAACAUCGUAACCGAGCUGAGAAGAUGCAGCGACUUGAGGAUUCCUUGAAGGGACCUUUAUUAGAUCCUGAUUUUGCAUAAGUAUUAUUAGGAGCAUUGUGACCACUCUGGAUCAAGCUACUAGAGUGAGAAGCAAG